CCUCAACGAAACCAAUUUUCGGUUGUACCAUGGCUCAACCUAAGGCAAUUUUCGGUUGUACCAUGGACCAACCAAAAAUCACCUUAGGUUGAGCCAUGGCACAACCGAAAAUUGGCUUCGGUUGAGGGAUUUUGGGUUUUUUUGAAAAAAAAAAUCGGAUUUUUACUCGUCGGAGUCGCUACUCAUGAUUCAGACGUAUUCCCAACGAAUACGACUCGAGAAUGUCAACGAUGAAUUCGAGAGUGUGAGAAAUUGAGUGUUUUUCAUUUUUUUUUUAGUUAAAGUGAUGUUUGUUUGCUAAAGAUGACAAAAGGUUAAAGUGUAACUUUGUUAUUUUUUAGGACGAUCAAUAGUAAUUUCAAGGAUGACGUUUAUCAAUUCCAAGAAAAAACCUAGAAGAAGCAACGGGCCCGCCACGAAACGGGAAAAUUGAACAUAUCCAAGAGAAGAAGAGUCCAAUAGCCCAAGUAGAGAGUCAUUUACACAUCAGCCCAAUUGUGAUUGGUCGUGUCCUACGUGUCGUAAUCUAAUUGGCCGUGUCUCGUGGCCACCUGCCCGCCCUCUCUUUAUGUAAACUCCAACUGUUACAACCUUCUACCCACAUCGUGGUUUUUUCGGAGCGGGUCAAAAAAACGAGCCGCGUCCUGCUCUACUUCUCUGCGAGCUCCAUUUCCGCCAUCGACAGAUCGCGUUCAAAAGUAAGGCUCCCUGCUUUCGAAUCCCUGAAUCUGUUUAUGCCUCUACUCGAUUGCUCAACGCAUUUCUCUGGACUUAGCGCAUCUGCAAUCGAGCUAGAUCGGUGCAAACUAUGCCGUAUUGAUUUUUCAAAUCCCACUUGCAUGUGAAUUAGGGUUCCGAUUUAGGCCGUUCGUCGAUCUGUCUGGUUUGAUUCAGUUUACGCCAAUUUCAUAUUACCGAUUUUGCCAGUCUGAUUCUGGAUCUGUGCUCUUACCAUCAAUUUUUGGCUGCUGUGUGAAGGUGUUAUUGUCAUUGACUCGUGAAAAAAAAAAAAAAUGGGAGGAGGAUUCAGGGUGCUCCAUCUGGUGAGACCUUUCCUUUCGUUCCUGCCCGAGGUGCAGAGCGCAGACAGGAAGAUCCCUUUUAGGGAGAAGGUCAUCUACACUGUCAUCGCUCUCUUCAUCUUCUUGGUCUGCAGCCAGCUGCCGCUCUAUGGCAUCCACUCCACAACCGGCGCCGAUCCUUUCUACUGGAUGCGUGUGAUUCUCGCAUCCAACAGAGGUACGGUUAUGGAGCUCGGGAUUACCCCUAUUGUUACCUCUGGGCUGGUGAUGCAGCUCUUGGCUGGAUCCAAGAUCAUUGAGGUCGACAACAGCGUUCGUGAGGAUCGUGCUUUGCUGAAUGGCGCACAGAAGCUGUUGGGUAUCCUGAUUGCUGUUGGUGAGGCUGUGGCAUAUGUGCUAUCUGGGAUGUACGGAAGCGUUGGUCAGUUGGGUGUUGGGAAUGCGAUUCUAAUCAUUCUUCAGUUGUGCUUCGCUGGAAUCAUUGUUAUCUGUCUGGAUGAGCUGCUCCAGAAGGGAUAUGGUCUCGGCUCUGGGAUUUCUCUCUUCAUUGCCACCAACAUCUGUGAAAACAUCAUCUGGAAAGCAUUCAGCCCUACAACAAUCAACAGUGGUCGGGGUGCCGAGUUCGAGGGUGCUGUUAUUGCCUUGUUCCAUCUCUUAAUUACUAGGACGGACAAAGUUCGUGCUCUUCGAGAGGCUUUCUAUCGGCAGAAUCUUCCAAAUGUUACUAAUUUGCUUGCCACAGUCUUGAUCUUCCUCAUUGUUAUCUACUUCCAAGGUUUCCGUGUUGUGCUACCUGUGAGGUCAAAGAAUGCUCGUGGGCAGCAGGGUUCAUACCCAAUUAAGCUUUUCUACACCUCCAACAUGCCAAUCAUCCUCCAAUCUGCUCUUGUUUCCAACCUCUACUUCAUCUCUCAGCUGCUCUACAGGAAGUACAGCGGCAAUUUCUUUGUCAACUUGUUGGGAAAGUGGAAGGAGUCUGAAUACUCUGGUGGCCAGUUCAUCCCUGUUGGUGGCCUUGCAUACUACGUCACUGCGCCAGCUAGCUUGGCAGACAUGGCAGCCAACCCAUUCCAUGCAUUGUUUUACCUGGUAUUUAUGCUCGGUGCUUGCGCGCUCUUCUCGAAAACCUGGAUUGAGGUUUCUGGGUCUUCUGCUCGUGAUGUUGCCAAGCAAUUGAAGGAGCAACAAAUGGUGAUGCCAGGACACCGUGACUCGAACCUGCAGAAGGAGCUGAACCGCUACAUCCCAACGGCAGCUGCUUUCGGUGGGAUUUGCAUUGGUGCAUUGACCGUGCUGGCUGAUUUCAUGGGAGCAAUCGGUUCGGGAACUGGAAUCCUGCUGGCAGUCACCAUCAUCUACCAGUACUUCGAGACCUUCGAGAAGGAGAAGGCCAGUGAGCUCGGCUUCUUCGGCUUCUGAGAACCCUGUUAGCUUUCCUGCUGUAGUAGUUGUUUUCCCCCAUGUAUCCUUCUGUUAAUUAAAAGUGUUAGGAAGAGAAGAACAUACGAAAGUUGGUCAAAGUGACAGUUUUUGGGUGAGAAGCUAGUUCUUUUUUUCAUUUAACUACUGUUUUAGCACAUUUAGUGAAGACUUGUUAAGUCGGAAGUUUAGUACUUAAUGUUAAAAGAAACUGGUUGAUAUGUGGGAGUGGGGAUGUAUCACUAUUUGCACUUAGCAGAGUAUGGUUCAUCAGAUAGUCUAACGGAACGGAUGAAUCGAUGUUCACCUACUUUGAACGUUUUUAUUUUCCACCGCUGCUACUUUCAGCAUUUUCGAUAUGAAGCCCUAGUUCCUCGCUCCAGCGUUCUAUCGAAAUAAUUUCGUUCUUCUGUGUUUCGAAUGAUUUAUUGCUUGUGUUGAAAGCUAGCGUUUCGUUGACAAAAAUGCUGACAGAAUGAACAUUUUUCAUCUGGCUAUGAGUUUCACCACCUGAAGCCCAGGGCUUUGAUGUCGAUCCCCGAAAUGGGAGUGUCGAAACUUCAUAUCUUCCUAUCAACAACGGCAGGGGGAAGCUGCCGAUGUGAUCCACUAUAGACAGCUAUAGAUGGGAGUUUGAAGAGAUGAAUAAGGCAACUGAAAUCUUGAACUUGUGAAAUGAAAAGGAAUAACCCUAGUGACUGUUACAAAGAUUCGAGUAUCACAAGAUCGCUCGUCUUGGGGGUCGCAUUAGAUCAGGUACCACCAAUCCCGAACCUGAUUCUCAGAAAGCAGCUGAAAUUGUUCGCCAUGUCGAUUUUGGGAGUCCGCCUGGACAGCAGGCUCGAUCCUUAAAUGCAGAGCCCUGGGGAAGUACUACGACGAAUUCACUGUGAUAAAACGAACUGUAUUUG